GAGGCCUCGGACCCGCACCCGGAACCCCGCGGCGACAUGGCCCCGGAGCUGCUGCUGCUCCUCGGCCUGCUGUCCGGCUUGCACGCGCGGUCCAGAAAGGUGGAGGAGGACGACUAUGAAGACACGUCGUCAAACCAGAAGUGGGUCCUGGCCCCCAAGUCCCAAGACACCGACGUGACUCUUAUUCUCAACAAGCUGCUGAGAGAAUAUGAUAAAAAGCUGAGGCCGGACAUUGGGAUCAGACCCACCGUGAUCGACGUCGACACCUACGUGAACAGCAUUGGGCCAGUGUCAUCGAUAAACAUGGAAUACCAAAUUGAUAUAUUUUUUGCUCAGACCUGGACCGAUAGUCGCCUUCGAUUCAACAGCACAAUGAAAAUACUCACUCUGAACAGUAACAUGGUGGGGCUGAUAUGGGUUCCAGACACCAUCUUCCGCAAUUCUAAGACCGCGGAGGCUCACUGGGUCACCACCCCCAACCAGCUGCUCAGAAUCUGGAAUGACGGCAAGAUCCUCUACACUCUGAGGCUCACCAUCAAUGCAGAGUGCCAGCUGCAGCUGCACAACUUCCCCAUGGACGAGCACUCCUGCCCGCUGACCUUCUCCAGUUAUGGCUACCCCAAAGAAGAAAUGAUUUAUAGAUGGAGAAAAAACUCAGUUGAGGCAGCUGAUCAGAAAUCCUGGCGACUCUAUCAGUUUGACUUCAUGGGCCUCAGAAAUACAACGGAAAUCGUGACGACAUCUGCAGGUGAUUAUGUUGUCAUGACGAUAUAUUUUGAACUAAGUAGAAGAAUGGGAUACUUCACUAUUCAAACGUACAUUCCCUGCAUACUGACUGUGGUUUUAUCCUGGGUGUCAUUUUGGAUCAAAAAAGAUGCUACACCAGCAAGAACAGCAUUAGGCAUCACCACCGUGCUGACCAUGACCACGCUCAGCACCAUAGCCCGGAACUCACUGCCCCGGGUGUCCUACGUCACCGCCAUGGACCUCUUCGUGACCGUGUGCUUCUUAUUUGUCUUUGCUGCUCUCAUGGAGUACGCCACCCUCAACUACUAUUCAAGUUGCAGAAAACCAACCACCACGAAGAAGAAAAUCUCGCUAUUACAUCCAGAUUCCUCAAGAUGGAUUCAGGAGCGAAUAAGCUUACAGGCCCCCUCUAACUACUCUCUCCUCGACGUGAGGCCGCCACCACCCACAAUGGUCACUUUGAACAAUUCCAUGUACUGGCAGGAAUUCGAAGAGACCUGUGUCUAUGAGUGUCUGGACGGCAAAGACUGUCAGAGCUUCUUCUGCUGCUACGAAGAGUGCAAGUCGGGGUCCUGGAGAAAAGGGCGUAUCCACAUAGACGUCCUGGAACUGGACUCCUAUUCCCGGGUCUUUUUCCCCACGUCCUUCCUGCUCUUCAACUUGGUCUAUUGGGUUGGAUACCUGUACCUUUAAAUGUUGCCUGUGGUGAUGAGUGACGUGUGCUAGGUCCCCCUCUUUACCUGUCACCCUCCCCAAAACCGUAGUCACCAGAGUAGCAUGGGGGACACUGCUCAGUUAAUGUGAAGUUACACGUCCCCUCUGAGCAAUGCAGGAGUGUGUGGCAAAUAUUUCUAUUGUAUAUUUUAUACUCACCCACACGCGCGUGCACACCCACACACAAGUUAACUGAGUUGUAAAGAGACACUUGCUACUAAUCCCUCACUGAGUCUGUCGCUUGAUGAUGUUUGUGAAUGGUUUUUGGAUACUGGAAGCAGCUGCCCAUUAGCCUUGCAGAGAAGUCUGUACACACGCAAGCUGUCCCAGGCCCUGACCCCUUCUGAAUCUUUCCUUCGCAGUCCUCGGCAGCACCAGUGCCCAUGUGUAUGGACUCCCGGCUGGCUGAGACACACUCAUACUGACCUCAGGCCCGAGCUCCCGGGCAGCCUGAGUUCAAGUGCAGCUGCAGUGAGUUUCCACCCCGUUGCCUCUCUCUCUCUCUCUGGCCUCUUUUGCUCUGGCACCGUCGUCGUUAGCUAGCGUCCCGUUAUCUAAUAACCUCGCCCAGGUUUGGGAAGGGUGUAUGUGUAUAUC